UGCCAAGAUUUGGUCCCAGACUCCACAGUUUGCGUGUCGUCCAAAAUGGCGGACAAAGUUGCAUUUGGUGUGCAUGUUGGUUGUACAUCGGCAUGUGUUGCUAUUUGUCAGGAUGGCGAUGCCAAGAUAUUGACUAACGAUGCUGGUGAAAGAGUGACUCCAGCUGUUGUUGCUUAUACUGAAAGUGAAAAGAUUGUUGGUCUUCCAGCUAAACAAGGUUUACUCAGAGGAAAUUCAAAUAAAACUAUAGUAAGAGCAAAAAGACUGCUGGCUAAAAGUUUUCUUGAUGAAGAUGUUCAGCAAGACGUUAAAAGCUCUGAUUGCAAAAUUAUAGAGAAAGAUGGACUGCCAUACUACAGAAUUGAACAUGACAACAAGAGUACUACUAUCUCCCCUAAAGAAAUUAUAUCCACAAUUUACGGCAAAAUGCAUGAGACAGCAACAUCUCACUCUGGUUCAGGCUGUUCUUACCAUGCUGUUCUUGCUGUACCAGUGGACUACACUGAACAACAAAGGACAGAGCUAAGGGAGGCAGCUGAAGCAGCAGGAUUUCAAGUACUUAGAUUUAUCAGCAUUCCAGCAGCUGGCCUUUUAGCAUAUAAUAUUUCACAGAAUGACAGAUCUGUUGACAGCACUGUCCUUGUUUAUCGCAUUGGGGGGACAAGUCAAGAGGCUACAGUAGUAUCAGUAACCAAUGGCAUGUAUAGGAUUAUAGCACAUCACCUGGACAGUUCUUUAGGAGGAAACGAAUUUGAUGGAAUUAUUCUACAACAUUUAGCAAAUGAAUUUAAAAGGCAAUGGAAAGUUGAUCCAUUAUCAACUCGAAAGGCAAAGGCCAAGCUGGGUUCCUCGGCUGAACAUGUCAAAAAUAUUUUGUCUCGUAUGGACACAGCAACUGUAAACAUCGACUCAUUAUGUGAAGGGAUUGACUUCCAAACUAAAGUAUCAAGGGCUCGGUUUGAAUCGUUAUGCAGUCAUCUUUUUCAACAGUGUCUGUCAGUUAUUGAACAGGGAUUGAAGAAGGCAGAUAUAUCUAAAGAACGAAUAGAUAAGGUUAUUCUAGUGGGAGGCACUGCAUCAAUCCCUAAAAUACAACAAAUGCUUAAAGACUAUUUUAUUGGUAAAGAAAUUUGCCGUCGUAUCAAUCCUGAUGAAGUGAUAGCUUAUGGAGCUGCUGUGCAGGCGUCAAUUCUUCAAGGGCAAAAAGAGGAACCCGAAGCUUUACUGACUGAAUUACAAUGCAUGGCGAAAACUAUAAGUGUUUCAGUUGAUAGCGAUAGUACAAAGCUGGUCCCAGUCAUCCCUAGUCUGACUCCAUUCCCUCUCAGACGAACAUACACAUUUACAACAUCACAAGAUAACCAGGAAAGUGUUUGUUUAUCAGUGUUUGAAGUAGAUGAUGCAAUGAAUGACCAAUCAAAUAAGGCGCUUCUCUGCAAGAUUGUAUUGAAGGAUUUAUCUCCAUUGCCCAAGGGUCAGCUAAAGUUUUGUGCAACAUUUCAUGUUAGGAAGGAUGGUUCUAUGCACGUACAUUUGAUAGAAAGAGAAUCCAACAAGACAGCUGAUGUUACUAUAGAAACAGCAUAAUACGUCAGGCCCGGUACAAUUUAUAUUAAACUGAUUAACAGGAAUUAAUUUUCUAAA